AUGUGGAUUCGGGAGCAUCUUUACUUCAAUGGUUUCAGUAAAAAUUAUUUGAAUUGGAUUUGGCAUGGUGAGGCUGAGGAGAAGGAUAGAUUAAAUUCGAGUGUCAACCAAGAGCCAACUGAUAAUUGUCAUGAUAAUUUUGAAACUGUUAAUUUGUGUGAGGCAGCAUAUGAUAACCAUACAGAAAAUCCAGAAGCAUUUAUGAAGUUUUUGGAGGAAGCAGAGAAGCCACUGUAUAAGGGAUGCAAACGUUACACAAAGUUGAGUGCACUUGUAAAACUAUACAAUACCAAAGCAAGGCAUGGGAUGAGUGAUGCUCUAUUUUCAGAUCUACUAGCAGAUUUUGGGGACAUGCUGCCAGAUAACCACAAUCUGCCAUCGUCAAUUUAUGAAGCAAAGAAGACGUUGAGUUGUUUGGCUUUGAGUCAUGAAAAGAUUCAUGCUUGUUCCAAUGAUUGCAUCCUUUAUAGGAAACAAUAUAAAGACUGCGUAAGCUGCUCGAAAUGUGGCUUAUCAAGAUGGAAGCUAACCAAGAAAAAUGUUGAGAAGAAAGGUGUUCCUGCCAAAGUGGUUUGGUAUUUCCCUCCCAUACCAAGAUUUAAGCGCAUGUUUAAAUCUUUAGAAACUUCCAGAAAUUUAACAUGGCAUGCAGAUAGCACAAGAGUUGUUGGUCAGUUACGCCAUCCAGUUGAUUCACCGUCAUGGAAAUUGGUGGAUCAUAUGUGGCCCGACUUUGGAAGUGAGGCAAGAAAUAUUCGCCUGGCACUUGCAGCCGAUGGAAUUAAUCCUCACAGCAAUCUUAGGCCGAAACAGCCUGGAAACGAUAUCGACGUCUACCUUGAGGUUCUGGUUGAUGAUUUGCAGCUCUUGUGGGAAGGAGUUGAUGGAGUUUAUGAUGCUUAUCGAAGGGAGGUUUUCACUCUUAAAGCAGUUCUUUUAUGGACCAUCAACGACUUUCCUGCAUAUGGUAACCUUAGUGGAUGUACUACACAUGGUUAUUACGCAUGCCCAAUAUGUGGUGAGGAUACUUAUGCAAAGCACUUACCAAAUGGGAAGAAAAUGUCAUUUGCUGGGCAUAGACGAUUCCUACCACGAUUUCAUCCAUAUCGGAGGCAAAUAAAGGAGUUUAAUGGCAUGGAGGAACUUGGUGAAGCAGGUAGGCCAUUAUCUGGAAUUAAUUUGUUUGACAAGCUUUCAGACAUAACAUGUGAGUUUGGAAAGAAAACAAGUGUGAAGGGGAAAAUAAGGAAAAAAGCAAAGGAGAAUAUUGUGGAAGACAUUGAAGAAGAAAAGUAUGUUGGAGCUACAAAUUUCAGUAAAUGUUUGAAGAAGAAGUCAAUUUUUUUCAAUCUUCCAUAUUGGAAAUACCUACAUGUUAGGCAUUGUCUCGAUGUUAUGCACAUUGAGAAAAACGUUUUCGAGUCUCUGAUUAAUACUUUGAUGAACAUCAAGGGAAAAACCAAGGACAAUGUGGCAGCUAGGUUGGACAUGGUUCAGAUGGGAAUUAGACCUCAAUUGGCUCCUAAAAUUGGUGAGAAAAGAACAUAUCUACCUCCUGCAGCAUGCUCAUUCACAAAAAAUGAGAGAUUACAAGUAUGUAGGUCAUUAAUGGAUAUAAAAGUUCCGGAAGGUUUCUCAUCAAACAUGAAGAAUCUUGUCUGCAUGGAUGAGAUGAAGCUAAGUAGCUUGAAAUCACAUGAUUCUCAUGUUAUAAUGCAGCACUUCCUGCCAAUAGUCAUACGUAAUUCUCUGCCAAAAUAUGUUAGAUAUGCUAUCAUAAGAUUAUGCUUCUUCUUCAAAGAUAUUUGUUGCAAGAUUAUCGAUGUAGCCAAGUUAGAUAAGCUGCAAUCUGACUUGAUUGUUACACUCUGCUUAUUGGAGCAGUAUUUCCCCCCUUCUUUCUUCGAUAUCAUGCUUCACUUAACAGUUCAUCUUGUUCGUGAAGUCCAAUUAUGUGGACCAGUCUACUUCAGAUGGAUGUACCCAUUUGAAAGAUGCAUGAAGGUGUUGAAAAGUUACGUAGGCAGUCGAAAAUAUCCAGAAGGUUGCAUUGUUAGGAGAUAUGCAGCAGAAGAAGCAGUUGAAUUUUGUUCAGAAUAUCUCAAUGACCUUGAUCCUGUUGGGGUCCCUAAAUCACUACGUGACCCAAACGCAAGCAUUCCUGGAUUCUCAGCAAGCAAUUCAUCAAUCAUCGUCCAACAAAUUGAUCUCCAACAAGCACACUUGACUGUUCUAGAAAAUACAGAAGAAAUAUCUCCAUACAUUAUUGAACACAAAUCCUUCUUGAAGACAAUGUUUCCCAAGAAACAGAAAGAUGCAAGGUGGAUACAAGAUGCUCAUAAUAAGAGGUUCAUUGACUGGUUUUGUGCAAAGGUGGCUGCUGAAAUCGAUAGUUGCAAUGGUGGAAUGACAUCGUCAUUGAGAUGGUUGGCCCAUGGACCACGUGUGCGAGUCUUAAAGUGUGAUAGCUAUGUCAUAAAUGGCAAUUUAUACCAAACAAAAGAGCGGGAUGAUGAGAAAGUUUGUCAAAACAGUGGUGUUUCUCUACUUGCCAACACGAUGCUUGUUUGUAGUGCCAAAGAUAAGAAUCCCGUGUUAGAGAAUGUGACUUUUUAUGGAGUUAUUGAAGAGAUAUGGGAACUAGACUAUCAUCAAUUUCAAGUUCCUCUUUUCAAGUGCGCAUGGGUAUCAAAUGACAAAGGAAUACAAUACAAUGAUGAAUGUGGCUUCACCUUAGUUAAUCUGAACAAACGAGGCCACCAGAAGGAUGAAUUUGUGCUUGCAAGUCAAGUUAGACAAGUAUUUUAUGUUGCUGACCCACUGAACAAAGGGUGGUCAAUAGUGCUUCAAGUUCCAAAUAGAUGUUACGAGGGAGAAGAGGAUCUUUGGACCAUAAUUCCCGAAGCUCGACCAAUUGAUAAUGUUGAUAUUCAUUGUAUUCCUACACAUGAAGGAUACUUUAGAUCUUCUAAAGAGGGUUUCUUUGUAACAAACAAGAAAAAAUGA